AUGAGUGCAAUUAGAUAAAUAAGACCAUCUUUUGGAUCCUCAUAAGAGAUUUAAAUCAAUCCUUCUUGUUCUUUCACUCCAAAGUUGACUAAAUCUCAAACUUUCAUUUAAAUGAAGAUCAAAUGUACAUCUUCUGGUAGUAAAAAUUCAGCAUAGGCUAAAGUAAACUCUCCUUAUUAACCUCAUCAAAAAAGUUAAUUCUCUGUUAAAACUCAUUGUGAUUCAUAAGACAUUAAUUCUAUACUAAAUGAAUGUGAAUAGAUACUUAAAGAGAUUUAACAUAAUUCUUUAAAUAGCUAAAAUGAAGUUGUUUUACUAGAUGUAAAAGAUAGGAUGAAUAAUAUUGAAAACAUAAUUCAAGAGAUGUUACAUCAUCAAAAUAACAAAAAUUCUAAUUAAAACAAGAUCUCCUAAUUUAUGAUUUAAAUUAUUGAAGAAAAAAAGCAAAAAUAAUAAGCUAUUCAAUCAGGAGAAAAUCUAAUUAAAUAACAAGCAAAUUAAAUUCAAUAAUUGGUAAUAUAUUUAUUUAAUAAUUAUAGAAACAUAGAAUUUCUCUUUAUUAAUGA